CCUAUUUAUAAUACAUUACUUGUCUAUUUAUUUUUUUAAAUGUCUUAUAUGUACCAGAAAAAAAGUGUUAACAUGAAUUCUCAACUUCCUAGGAGGAUAUAUUGCUAAAUGCUAAUGCUAAACACUAACAACCUCCCCAGCAGAGACUGCCUUUAUCUCUUGGAGUAAACACCCCAAUGAUGCUUUGCCAUGUGAGGAAGUUUUUAACUCUCAAAAGAGCUAAUUGUUAACCUGAAGCAGACGGCAGUCUUCAUCUGGAGUUUGAACGCAUGUCAUCCCAAACUUCAGUAAAUUGUUCUUCAGUAUGUUCAGUAUGAAUAGUAGCCAUGACUGUGGGAGUCUGAGCUGGGAACUAAUACGGGUCUUAGCUCCCAUUCUGGACAUAAUAAUCAUGCUGAUCGGGCUGGUGGGACACUCGCUGGUCAUUUACGUCCUGACCGGACGGAAGAGGAAGAAUGGACUCCAGUCUCUUCAAGGGACAGAUAUGUUACUUUUAGCCUUGAGUGCUUCAGAUCUACUGCUGCUCAUUUGCCUGCCCUUCCACACUGCCGCUAUAGCACUAGGCUACUGGCCCUUCAGCGGCAUCCUAUGCAAAAUCAUCAGUUUCCUGGGAGUGGCCGGUAACUCGGCAAGCGUAUUCACUCUAUCUGCAUUAGCGGUAACACGGUACCUGAUUGUGGUGUACCCCAAUUGGACGUAUCGUUUCCGAAUGCGCCGUUGGCUGCGGGUUACUGUGAUUCUCAUUUGGGUGGUGGCCAUGGCUCUUGCAGCACCUCAGUUUGCUUUCCGCCAAUUGAGGACUGCGCCCAUCCUCUGCUUUGCGUUUCUUUCAGACCUCAGCCAGUUGGUCUACAGUACCAUUCUGUUCCUGUUCAGCUUUGCUUUCCCCCUGAUCAUCAUCGUCGUCAUGUACACUAAACUUUACAGUUUCCUGCGAAGGACACGACUGCAAUGUACCGCGCCGCAACUGGAGCGCUACCAGAACCAGGUGACCAAGACGUCGAUCCUGUUGGUGUUAUUCUUCACCAUCUGCUGGUUGCCAUCCUAUGUCCUCAUGUUCUUGCUCAUCGCUACCAAUAAUAGCAAUAUUCACACACAAACUCUCAACUUCGCCAUUAUCGCCCGGCUGUUAGCGAGCUCAUCGGCUGUAGCCAAUCCACUACUAUAUGCUUUCAUGUCAAACAAAUUUCGCAGAGAGCUGCUGACAUUGGGACGGGUGUGCUGCAAAGGUAACAGGUGUGUUAUGUGUCCAGGGAGCGCCAUAGUGGAGCCCUUUAACCCUGUGGAGCUGGACACCCCUCCCCAACCAUGAGGAUAAAGUCCUGAUCCAUGCAGAAACAUUUGAUGUGCUUCUGCUGUAAAAGGCUAAACCAGUAAUGGGACUAAUAGUGUAAAGAGAUAAAGACAAUAAAUAUAAGACAUAUGUUUGAACUACAUUGAUUUGUUCUGCCAGAUAUUGAGCCUGAAUUACCUCGAACACUUUGAUGAUAUUAUGUAAUAACAGAUCUUUAUUAUAUCAUAUAUUGUUAAGAAAUGUACUUUUAGUGACUAGAAAUAUCCAUGUGAGACUUUUAAUAUAUUUGAAAGCAUUGAUGAAAACAUAUGUUUGCUUUCUUUACUAAUUCAUUAUAUGGCAUAUCAGAUAGAAACUGUAUACAACAAAAGCAACACAAACUUUGAAUGACGGGUUUUGCUUUUGGUGUAUUGUUUUUUUCAGUGCUUGCAUUGUUACUAAAUGUUACUUGUGUUCUUACAAUUUCAUGCUACUAUAGGAGCUGAUAAACAUUUUCAGCCUCCACUGGCAUCUGUCUAACCAUCUUGAAUGAGGAAAAAAAAAAAAAAAAAAAAAAAGGUUGCUCACUAAUAAUUUUUGGUACGUUAAGUACACAUUUGUUACACAUUAUCUGAUUUCUAAAUAAUGACCACGUGCAUAUUUAAUUGGUAGAAAUACACAUACAUACUAUACUGCAUAUUCCCUUUUCAAAGUUUGGGGUUGGUAAGAUUUGGAAGAAUUUUUCUGAAAAUGAGUCUCUUAUGCAUUUA